GACAGACGGGAAGACUUAAGGAACAAAGACACCACCAAGGGUUACGUUUGGGUGGACUUUUAAACGUUUCUCUGCAAGUAUUUCUCUCAUUGGAUAAUUCUGACAUAGAUACUGCUCAGUAGGCCUACUGUUAUCACAACAAUGACAAACAAACGUAAGAAUUCUAGCCAAAGUACAGCGUGGCACAGCAAGGGGAAGAAGGAGGAAGAUGUGCAGGCAAAGCGACCAAAGCGGCUGAUCGUGACCAAGAAUGUGGACGAGUCCACGGGGUUGUCAUGGCGAGAAGAGACUGACCUGAAGAGAGCGCUGUAUGCCUCACUCCAAGAGAGCAAACGCUUGUCACGUGGGCAAGAGGAAGAAGAGGGUGUUUCCCCCAGCACCAAACUGAUGACUCACCACCACCACCAGCACCAUGGCCGGGUCACGCGCGGCUUGAUGGGGGCCCCUGUCCGCAAACCCAGCACCGUGGGCAGGUUCAACCAGGAUGAGAGUAGUCAGGAGUCUGGUACCAGCUCCAGUACACACGAAUCCAAAAAGACAACUGUGCAUGCUCAACGAAAGUUUGCACAGGGUCACUCCCAGCCAUCUACCCCCAGCACCACCCCUGUGAAGGUUCACAGCACACCUGUAAAGCUGUUCUCCAAGCGUGCCAAAACAGAAGACUUCCUCACUUUCCUUUGUCUGCGUGGUAGCUCUGUGUUGCCACCACAUCUAGACUUCUUCGGGUACUCUCGUGAUGAACAUCAAGCAGGGGAGUCCAGCCGCCCUAACACCCCAGGCCAUGGGGUGCGCAGUGAUAGCGGUGAGACAAGGGAGAGCACUCCAGACCUGUCCAGCUCCAGUGACAGUGACAUGAGGGAUGAAGUCCCGGAACUAGCCAACUUAAUAAUGAAGAACCAGCACACCCCUACAAGAAAGGCUGCACGGGCCUCUGCCAGCACCCCAGAGACUGCUAGAGGCCUGGCCAGCAUCAGGCCCAGUGUGGCCAAGAAAGCCAACAAAGUUCCUGCCAAAGACCUACUCAGACGCAGCAAGGUCUUUCUAACUAAGCCCAACAAGAUGUCCCCGCGAAGCGAGCGUGCUCUGCUCCGACACCAGCGCUCUCCAUCCAAAUCAGGUAGUGGCAAGAAAUCAGGGUCUGAUUUCAAACCCAGCGAUGCAGUCUCCUCGAAACCUGUCCGAGCAUCUGCGACUCCAUCUAAAAAACGAAUCACACCUCAGUCUCUGCCUAUUGGCUCCAUGCCUAAGUUCUAUAUUGAUGAUAGUGACAGUUCUGUUCAGUCUAGGGAUUCCAAAGAUACCACAACAAGUCGACGGGGAAAGCUGUCUAUCAUUCCCAAACCUCCCCAACCUGUCAAACAGAAAUCAAAAAUAAUAAAGGGCAAAGAUCAACCAAAGCAAGAAAUACCAAUAAAACCAACUGUCAAGCCAGCGAAGAAACUGUCAUCGGUUAAGAAAGUCAGGGAUAAAAAGAACGUGGCAUCAAAAACAAAAACCAAGGAGACCGGUCCUUCUGGCAGGAAAGUCACAAGACUUAAGGAAAAGGGAGCAACCAAUGUGAGGAAAAAAAGACGAGCAACUCUGUCAAAGAACUAUGCAGAAGAUGUGGAUGAUGACCUGGAUAGUGUUGAUGAUCUGGAGGUUCUCAAGCACAGCAAGAAGACUUCACUGAUGAAAAAAGGUCGCGACAAGAGAUCAGAAAGUCGACGCAAAAUUGUGGCUGCAUCCCUUGCCAAAAUGGCAGCAUCUAAGAAACUGUCCAACAUUAAGAGGAAGAAGCAGCAGAGUAAGAAGGCAAAAGCCGAGGUCAAUAUGGAUGCGUCUUCAGCAAUUGCUAGGAAGGCAAGACAGGCUAAGGCGGCUAAAGUCAGGGAGAGCAUUGAAAGCCAACAAUCACGACAUUCUAAUGUCAAAUCAAGCGCUUCAAGUCCUAGACGCCGUGGCAGGCCCAGAUCUCUCAGUAGCACCCCUUCUAAGGAGAAAGCUGACACCCCUACACAUUUCCCAGCCCCAGAGGAUGGAGGCCAUAUUGUGGAGGUACCUACAUUCUAUCCCAGUGCUAAAGAGUUCCUGGACCCGCAUCAGUACAUAGCAUCCAUACGAUGUCAGGCUGAGCCGUAUGGGAUGUGUAGAGUUGUACCCCCUGCCUCGUGGAAGCCUGAGUGUAAGGUGAAUGAUGAGUUACGCUUCACCAGUCAGUUGCAGUACAUCCACAAAAUGCAAAACAGAUGGAGUGUAUCCCGUAAACACCUGGCCUCAAUUAAUGUGGAGCUGAUCAGCCUCCUCUGGUAUGUCAGCUUCCUCCAUAUAGGUGGGAUUGAAGUGGACCUGCCCAAACUACUACACACCAUGCAGGUGUUUGGAGGGGCUCAGAACGUUGGUGACAAGAAGACCUGGAUCAAAGUCGCUGAUGCCAUGAAAAUUCCUAAACUUGUAAGCUCUCUCAGUAGCACCCCUUCUAAGGAGAAAGCUGACACCCCUACAAAUUUCCCAGCCCCAGAGGAUGGAGGCCAUAUUGUGGAGGUACCUACAUUCUAUCCCAGUGCUAAAGAGUUCCUGGACCCGCAUCAGUACAUAGCAUCCAUACGAUGUCAGGCUGAGCCGUAUGGGAUGUGUAGAGUUGUACCCCCUGCCUCGUGGAAGCCUGAGUGUAAGGUGAAUGAUGAGUUACGCUUCACCAGUCAGUUGCAGUACAUCCACAAAAUGCAAAACAGGUGGGGACCAAAUGUCCAACAGAUGGAGUGUAUCCGUAAACACCUGGCCUCAAUUAAUGUGGAGCUGGAUCAGCCUCCUCUGAUAGGUGGGAUUGAAGUGGACCUGCCCAAACUACUACAGACCAUGCAGGUGUUUGGAGGGGCUCAGAACGUUGGUGACAAGAAGACCUGGAUCAAAGUCGCUGAUGCCAUGAAAAUUCCUAAACUUGCACAGGAUCGAGCCACAAAGUUGUAUGAUGCUUACUGUAAAUAUCUACUGUCGUAUGAUACCUUGUCGUAUGAGGAGAAAACAAAACUGGAACAUCAGGUCUGGAUGGAGAGACAGAAAAAACUGAAAACCCAGAAAAUGGUGGAUGAUUCUGUUGUCAAGGGAAGAUCUACGUCACUGGGAGAUUUCAACCGUGUGGCACGGAACACCGUGUCCAUGUGGUUCAAGGAAGAACCGUUUGUGGAACAGGUGGAGUGUGAGUAUUGGAAGCUUGUACAAGAAGGACAGGGUCACGUCGUGGUGCAGUGUGGACAUGUGGACACAAGAUUACAAGGCAGUGCCUUCCCUGUCCGCAGGGACUCCCCGUGUUCCAGGCAUGGUUGGAACUUCAAUGUUUUACCUCAGAACCCCAAAUCAUUGUUAAAGUCCAUGGGCCCAGUGACAGGUGUAACAAUUCCCACCCUGCACAUUGGGAUGCUUUUCACCACCUCCUGUUGGUCCACAGAUCUCCACCUUCUCCCUUACAUCCAGUAUCUGCACACCGGUGCAGACACGGUCUGGUACAGUGUCCCACAGAGUGAAGAGGAGAAGUUCAAAUCUGCCCUGACCACCAUUGUCCCUGAUCUGGUCACUGACAAUGACACCUGGCUGUCAGAGGACACCGUCAUGGUAUCCCCAGAUGCUCUGUCACAGAAAGGUGUGUCACUGGGCAGGUGUGUGCAGAAGCCCGGUCAGUUCAUGGUGGUUUUCUCUAACUGUCACACAGCCACAGUCAGCUGUGGUUACAGCAUCUCCGAGUCCGUCCACUUUGCCUACGCAGACUGGAUACCUAUUGGAGUGGAAGCCUCGAAGAGGCUGAACCAAAUGGGCGAGCCAGAACUAUUUUCUGUGGAAGGAUUCCUAUGCAAUUUGAUCAAAGAAAGCAGCAGCUUGGACAUCUUAGGUGUAGCUCUCCCUCAGCUGAAGUCAAUCAUUGACUGCGAGACGGGGAAAGCUCAGCAGCUGAUUGAGGAUGGACUGAAGAUAACAAAGCAGAUGGCCGUGGUAAAGGAGAGUGUGUCCCCAGCUGGGUCAGGGAAGAGGAAGACUUUGGAGAGUGUUGGCAGAGACGACUGUGUGUGUGACAUAUGUAAGAAAGUCUGCCAUCUCUUCAUGGUGGUGUCAGACCCAGAUGAAAGUGUAUUUUGUUUAGACCACGCAGCUCCGUUUGUGCAGAGGAAGAAGAACUUCAAAGGGUGUCGCUUGCUAUAUAGGUACACCGAGGAGGAGCUUGCUGCAAUUGUGAAGUCAGCUGAGGAUAAGUUGGAGGAGGCAGUUGAAAGAGAGGCACCAGAGAAGCCAAGCUCUGGCCCAAGGCGGAGGUCAGUUAGUUUGAGGUCUGCUGCCAACUCGGGUUCCUCAUAAUUCAUAGCUUACUAACUACAGGGCUCGAUAUUCGCAGCUCCGGCUGGAUCAGAUCCUCACAAAGCAUUAACAGUGAUUCCCUGGAUCACCUUUGCCCACUUUCACAAAGAUUUGUAACUUUGCUCAGAUACACGUUUCAUGUGGCGUGGUGUGGUUAUUUAUGCCUAUCAAAAGAUCUGAGCAGUAGCAACUCCUUUUAAAAGUUGGCCAGCUCAUAACAAACUUCCCCAACAUCAACUCAUCUGAAAUCUGGCCAGCAGCAACUUAUUACAAAACUUGGCCAUCAGUAACUUAUCACAAGCCAACACAGAAACUCAUCAUAAAACCUGGCCAACACAAACUCAUCAUGAAACCUGGCCAACACAGAAACUCAUCACGGCAGCAAAUACUAGUAGCCAGGUAUGUUAACUACAUGUACUUCAACUUUGCCACCAGUCAUGGGUCUGUCUAACAGCUACACAUCGCAAGAGUUUGGCAGCAUUUUAACUUCUAACACCUAUUGGUCAACUGAAAUGCCCUUUAGGAUACUCAGGAAUUGGCGGGAAUCAGGGACUUGUUUUGGAAUUAUGCAUAACUGGCCUGAUAUGUUGGUAUGCACAGGCUGUUGGCCAGCAACUGCAUCAGGAAGUGCAGACAUUUACACUUACUUAUCAUGUUCACACAUGACACUACUGUGAGAAUCAGAGAUGAUCCCACAAUGAAGUUCUUAAUCAUUGUUAGUGAAGGCUUUUCGUAGAUCAGGACAAGCGGAGCCACACAUGUACACAGCAAACAGUAACAAAUACACAGAUCUGCGGGUAUGCUGCAUACAAUAAUGAAUACAAACCUACAGGUGUGCAGUCAUACAGGUAUGGCGCAUACAAUAAUAAGUACACAGACAUACAGGUAUGCUACAUACAGUAAUAAGUAUACACACCUACAGGUAUGCUGCAUACAAUAAUAAGUACACAGAUAUACAGGUAAGCUGCAUACAGUAAUAAGUACACAGACAUACAGGUAUGCUGCAUACAGUAAUAAGUACACAGACCUACAGGUAUGCUGCAUACAUAAUAAGUACAGACAUACAGGUAUACUGCAUACAGUAAUAAGUAUACAGACGUACAGGUAUGCUGCAUACAGUAAUAAAUACACAGACGUACAGGUAUGCUGCAGAGAGUCAUAAAUACACAGACCUGCAGGUAUGCUGCAUAUAAUAAUGAAUACAAACCUACAGGUAUGCAGUUAUACAGGUAUGCAGCAUACAAUAAUAAUAAGUACACAGACAUACAGGUAUGCUGCAUACAGUAAUAAGUACAUAGACCUACAGGUAUGCUGCAUACAGUAAUAAGUACACAGAUCUACAGGUAUGCUGCAGACAGUAAUAAGUACAUAAACAUACAGGUAUGGUGCAUACAGUAAUAAGUACACAGAUGUUGCAUACAGUAAU